AUGGUUCUGGUCAAUGAAGCUUUCAUCCGUGCCCAACACGAGAUAGACGAUCUUCGAGGGCAACUGGACGCCCAGGGCCGAGAAAUGGAGAAAUACCAACAUCUUCUUCGGGAGAAAGAGGGAGAGUUGAACCGGGCGGCCGUGCUGGCCAACCUUCGGCCUGAGCUUGAUGCGGCUAAGGGCGAAAACCGUUGUUUGAAGAGUGAACUGGCUGCUAUGACCGAUUAUAACCAGAGCCUUGAGGCUGACAAAAUCGGCCUUAGCCAGGAUAAAACCCAGUUUUCCUUGAGGCUGGAUGAGCUCGAGACCACGGUUUCCCAACUCCGGGGGGAACUGGACUCAGUGAAGGCUGAUGCUACGGGCUUGGCCGAGAGGAACCGGCAGCUAGAGUCCGAGGUUGCUUUGCUCAACGAGCGCAAGAGGGUGUCCGAGGAAAAAGUCGAGGAGCGGUCUCGGAUAUGUGAAGGUUUAAGAGCUGAGCUCGAGGGGGCGGUUAUUGCCAAUGACGACCUUAAGGCCGAGCUAGAGGCAGCCAAUGGAUUUUGGUUUUUGAUGUAA